AUGGCGCCACUGAUCAGAGAGCAUGGACGCGAACGUGACAUAGAAAUGUUGAAAACAUGUAUUGUUUCUGCAUCGCAUAUGCGUUGUAGUUCGCUACUACGUAAAAUGUGCACAAUACGCCGGCAACCAUUUGACUACUUUCUUGUUUUAGACUUUGAAGCGACUUGCGUUGAACGAACGAAAAUUCAACCAGUACAGCUCACGGGUAUCAUUCAGGACAUGAUCGAUAAUGAGCCAGAUUUGGAACAAACUCUCCAGACAUUCGAUGACUGGUUAAGGAAGGAGGGAGUUGGCAGUCAUAAUUUCUGUUUUGUUACGUACGGUGAUUGGGACCUAAAUACCAUGUUACCAACUCAGUGUGCCUACUUUCACAUCUCAGCACCAGCAUAUUAUAAUCAGUGGAUAAACAUUAAGCAGGCGGUUUCCGAGGUGACGGGGGUGUGGCCAAAAGGUAUGAUGAGUGCUCUACAAGUGUUGAACAUUCGGCAUGAAGGAAGACAUCACAGCGGGAUAGAUGAUUGCAAGAACCUUGCAAGGAUGUUACAGCUACUAGCACUAGAGGGCGCUGUCUUCACACCGACCUCUGACAGCCUGCGGUGACAUCCAGCGUAAUAAUAGUGACAGUGGACAAUUAUAACACAUGUUGACAGUGUGGAGGUGACAUAUGUGUUGCAGACGGCGGUGUUCAACAACAGUUCGAGUGCUAGAGCACAAUUAUAAACUUGCGGCGUCGCUAAGGUGAUUGCUGCAUCAUUUCUAAAUACGUCGGUUGAAUACACGAUUCUCGCCAGUAGCCACCGAUAGAUGGCGUGACGAGUCUACUAUAGAUGCUUCAACAGGCAUCGACUCUGCUCGGUUAGUACCAUUGCUUAAGCCUGGGACACAACAUGCGAAUUUAUUCGCACGUCCGCGGCGAUCAUAUCCGCAGCGAAAAUCGCGGCGAAAAUAUUCGCACCCGCGUGCGAUCAUUGAGCGGACACACCAUGCGAAUUUAUUCGCACGUCCGCAGCGUUCACACUACACGCGAUCUACUGGCGCCACACGUCUCCAUCAUGGCUCCAACAGUCAUGUGGGCAUGUGAUUAGCAUACUGAUCAAUGAUUCGCUGCAUUAUAACAAUCGGCCAUUAUUCGCACUAGACUGGUACCCGUCCCUUCUCAUAUCAAACAUGUUUGAUCGCUGCAAAUCGCCCGCGCUUGAGCGGACACACCAAGCGAACUUCGCUGCAAUUUUACUAUCGCUGCGGACGUGCGAAUAAAUUCUCAUGGUGUGUGACGGUGUCCCCCGCUUUACUCUAUCAUGUGUGAUGUGAGAGAAAUAGAACUCAGCCAGCUUAUAUUUGUAUCAUAGUGAAAUAAAUUAUGUAUUGUUUUUAAACGUU